AUGGAUGAUCUCCAUCUGCCACCUAUGAAAGAUGGUGAUCUAAACUACAAGUUAUCUGAAAGAACUCCAGAAGAAGGUACUCUCAAAGACGAAAUUCCGGUUCAUAUUAUGGAUAUGACCGAUUUAAAACUUUCCAACAUGGAAAACAGUUUCGAUGUUAAAGAAUUCAAUGAAAUAACUAAAUCGAUGAGAAAUAUAACUGAUGCUUACAAAAACACACCUGGUAUUCUAUCGAGACGAUAUUAUUAUCAAGACUCAGAAGACAACAUUGGAAAGGACAAAACUAUCAAAGAAAAUGAUAAGAAGGAAAAAUUAAUUAACCUAAUGAUAACAUUCCUGAUUCACGCUAGAUACCAAAUAAAGAAGGGCCUAGCAGAGAAACAUCCGUUACGUGGUGACACUAGGUACAGAAUUGGAUACCUCUUCAACAGGUUGAGACAUUUACAGUACGAACAGCAAAAACUGGUGAGCGCAGCUCAAAAACAACGCAACCAUCACAAGUUCAGUUUGUAUUCUAUGACGAAACUUUACGAGAAAUUAGUCCGCUGCGAUGUUGACAUCAGGGAUACUAUAAAAUAUUUAGAGGAGAUAAAUAGUAAACGUGUGAACUCAGGUGUGAAUUACACGAACAUCACCAUACCAAGUUUGGACGCUAUGUUCAAAUCGUUAUCUGAAGAUGUAAUGGACGAUUAUCCCUCGAAUAUGGUUGUUAAGAGACUAUCAAUUGAUCUGGAGAAGCUGGAUAUGAAUAACAUAACAAAGAAACUAGAAGCGAUGAGAAGAAGCCUUAAUGAUUCAGACGAUGGUGCUCUGGAGGAAUUCAACACUCGACGUUUAGGAAGCCACGGAGAAGGUUGGCAAAGAGAAAGAGCCACAGAACUAUUAGAAAGAGCAAAAAUUUAUGACAUUAUGUUACAACUGAUUUAUCAAGCGAGACACAAAGUCAAACAGAUAGAAAGUGAAACGUACUACAAUCCAAAGGACACGUCAUAUCGCAUAGCGUUCCUAUACAGAAGAAUAAGAAGGAUUUGGAAGAGAAUGAACGACGUAUACACUACCAUGCAAGUUAAUAAGUAA